UGGAACACUGGAACACGUAAUUUCACCAGUAGACGCUUCAACCAUCCGUCCGUCUUGAGAGCAAGAACAUCUAGGGCUACCAACCUAACCCUGUUUCUCUUUCUCAUUUGGAAACCAGAGGAGUUUCAUAUAAGCUAGAGACCGAGGAAGGAGGACAAGUAUAUAUUUAUGAUGCUUCUUUUAGCUGAAUCUGAAUAUUUGCCAUUGCCAAAAUUUGUACAAGAUGUCUAUGAGAAGACCAAUCCCUUCUUACAACUUGCGCAGCUUCCUUCGGCUAAUUACUCGCUAUAGAUCUCAGAUCGGAGCCUUCUCUUCCGACCACCUUCCAGAUAUCUCGACGCGCAAUCAUUUACAUGGUGCUCCCAUCAAUCAUGGAUUGAAGUUUCUUUCUGUUAGUCAUAGUCGACUCCAUACUAGUCCAGACACAAAAAUGGUGGUGAAGGAUAACGUCGACGAUGUCAAACCGCCGGUGCCACCUCCUUCUUCUAGAACCAGUUUUUCAUCUUGGGCAAAGUGGGUCUUGGGUUCGAUAUUAUCUCUAUUUCUACCAUUCUGGAAACACAAAUGGGAGAAUUUGCUAAGAUUGGAAGAUGAGGUGGAAAUGGUUGCCGAGAGGGUUGAAAACGUCGCGCGGGCUGUAGAAAAGGUUGCCAGUGUGGCGGAGAAAGUUUCUGCAGAGGUGGCCGAUAUAAUCCCCCACGAUGGAAAGCUUAAGGAAGCAGCUUUGUUGGUAGAACGUGUGUCCAAGGAAACAGCUAAGGAUGCUCAAUUAGCGCAGGACAUCGUUCACCAGGCCGACGAAUUGAAGCAGGAGUUGGAUACUAUCAUUGAGCCCUUUGUCCAUAAGGGAGGAGCCAAGGGCGUAGACGAAGAUGGUGGACAUAUAAGUAGUUGAUCAUGGCAUCUUAUUUUUUAAUUAUUAUUAUUAUUAUAUUUCUUCUUCUCUCUGUUGGCGGCUGAAAGCCAUGAUACACAAUACCAACAUGUAGUUUCCCUCGUUUGAUUAAAAAGUUAAAAUCGUUUGCUCA